CCUCGGAAGCCCUGGGGCGUCCUCCGCUGCUUCGCCACCUCCAGCUGCUGACCAACGACGCAGUAUUCCUAAUCGCGUAUUUGAGCUUCUAUCCUUGUCCUUUCGCUGCGUUUCCAAAACCAGCGAAGGCAUCAGAUUCUUCAUCCUCACCGUCCUGAGCCGGCGCAGCAGCAACGUUCGCAACACCUUGUGUGCGGAGCCAUGGCCGCUCUAUUCUAAGCCAGUUCAGGAAAGAGGGCUGGCUUGUUCUUGGAGCUUCGCCGUGCGACACUUCGAUCAGCAUUCCCCCAUGUGUGAGCGACGCCGUCAAUCGGUGCAUGUCAUAAUUCGUGGAAGGUCUGCUUUUGUUCCGUUUUGCAGACUUGACUCCGCGUUAUGCGGGAACGGCUGUAACGUACGUCGCCGUAUGUACAUACUACACAGCCUAAUUAGCGGGCAUGGUGCAAUUGCCGUUUUCGGACGCAGAGCUGGAUUUGACUUUGGCGUCGCAUGAAAGUCGCACAUUUUUUUGCGCGCCUUUUGUCCUCCGUUGAUCUGCCAAGUUUCCCCUUCAUAGGCCGUCUUCCUCGAAAAAAAAGCAGUGCCAGGUGCCUAGUCUUGUCGUUUUGCAGGGCUGCAACAAAGUUGAGAUGUCCAAGGAGGUGCCGUCCUUCUCCAGCGCCAAGUAUUGGGACAAGCGAUUCCAGGAUAACCCUCAGUCGUUUGAAUGGCUGUUGCCGGAGUCGUGCUUUGACGAAGAACUAGACGCCUUUCGUAAACAUGACGGUGACCAUGAUCAUCACGACGGCGAUGACUGUGUCACGUCUACCAGACCUGUGCUGCACAUUGGGCCCGGCACGUCGAUGCUGUCCUUUCAUCUGAAAACGUUCAUGGGCCCAAGGUACGUGAUACACAAUGUCGACUUUAGCCAGGAAUCCGUGGACUGGGGCGAAAGAAAGGAGAAAGAGGUCGAUCAGGCGGACGAGACGAGAUCACAGCUUCCAACGAUGCGGUGGUCACGCGUGUCCUUGCUCUCUCUGUCAUCGCUACUCUCGGUUGCCCGUCCUCGCUCCGUCCGGCUCAUUGUCGACAAAAGCACCUCCGACGCCAUAGCCUGUGGUUUAGACGUCCGCAUCAAUAUCUCUCCAUCAUCUGAUGUACGCGUCGGUACAUCAUCAUCAAAGGACGGCUCGGCAGUACGGACGACCAAGGUCCAUCCCCUCCACAUCCUGGCUCUCAACCUUGCUGUAAUCAGCGCGCCAGAAGCACGCUGGAUAUCGCUCUCUUACUCCAAGGAGCGGUACCCUUUCCUCCCUACGCUGUUUGCGCCUUUCCCGGAUCCGUUACCAGACGGCUUUCCAGAUCCGAACCGAUAUUGGAAACUGAGACGUCAGAAGGAGAUACAGACCGAGCAAAAGAUACCCGAGAACUUCAGAGACACGUUUGCUUUCGUGCACAGGCCUGUCACGUCACACUACAUGUACGUCUUGGAACGCACGGAGGAAGAGCUGGCGGUGGCAGUGGUGGAGAAAUUAAACGCGCAGGCGGAGGAGCGGUGAAAGGAUGGGAAAUUCUACAUGCUUUUUAUUUUUGAUAAAAUAAAGCAAAAAAAAAAAAAGGCAUUGCAGGAGCGCUGCUUUACUGUGUAGACGCCAAUCGCGCCACUUAUGGCUAGAGGACGGGAGCCACGGGCAAGGCUGGCUUUGAUGCAAGGCGCCAUCGUCGAAUAGAUGCGUGGGACAUACCUCGCGGAAAACCAGAAUGAUGCCCGCAUUAAGCUAAAACCGAAUCGUGGAAAACUAAGCCACGUCGUACGAAACAAGCGGAGCCGCGGCCCAUAUGAAGAAAAGAAAUUGUCGAGGACGAACGUGACUCCACCUGUUGAGCGGAUGCAGAUGGAUUGUUUUUGACAUUGCUAGCGCUAGCGGGCCUUCUAAACAUGAGGCAAAAGUAAGUAGAAUACACAGUACAUCCAGCGGACUUGCUACUAAACGUGCCGCAAAAUACACAAGGCUUGAGAGAGAGAGAGAGAGAGAGAGAGAGAGAGAGAGAGAGA